CAAAGAAGAAAUCCACCAAUCAGUAGCUCCCCAGGCAAACAACUGUCUGAGAGCAAGAAAAACAAGUCUGGAAAUUAUUUUCAUCAACGCUAUUGUUUAAGGGUGCGUGGAUUUCAGCCUAAAUGACCACAAACGGUUAACGGAUGGAUUAUAAUAUGGACGGAUAUUUGGAUCAGCAAGUGCCUUACACUUUAUCCAACACGUCGCAAGGAAAUGGGCCCUUAAAUAGGCUAUUGAUGUCGACAAAACGGAAAUACGUGGAUACGGAAUUACCGCCUCAGGAAUCUGAAGAUCUAUUUCAGGAUUUAAGCCAACUUCAGGAAACGUGGCUCACAGAAGCUCAAGUUCCCGACAGCGAUGAACAGUUUGUCCCUGACUUCCAUUCAGAAAGCUCGGUUGCAUUCCACAGCCCCUCAGUGAAGAUCAAGCAAGAGCCCCAGAGCCCUGGCGCUGACCCUAGCCAGUCCUGUAGCCACAAGCAGACCUUCACCUACCCAAAUGGGGAGCAGUGCCUUUAUGCCAGUGCCUAUGAGCAGAAGAGAGUUGCAGGCUCAAAGACCUCCAGCCCUAGGACGCCCCUGUCUCCUAUGCAGCACUACUCUCCCAAACCUUCCUUGGACGCCCGGCUUGACUCAGCAUAUAUGAACCCACCUGUCUCACAGCCACUCCCUAGUCACAGUUAUCCCAUGGACCACAGCUCCAGAUACCCGCAGCCUUCACCAGAGAUGUGUCCCCAGUACCCUCUUCCGGGCCAGGCCCUGCAACGAACACACCCUGCUCCCGGUGGAGGUGGAGGAGGAGGAGGACGGGGAGAAGGGGGAGGGGGUUACCAUCGCCAACUGUCUGACCCCUGCAUACCCUAUCUGCAGCAAAGCUUCAAGCAGGAGUACUUGGACCCCUUGUAUGAGCGGGCUACCCACAUGGCCAGGGCCCCCCCACAGAGGUACCCCCCUGCCAACAUGAUGGUCAAGCAGGAGCCUACCGACUACACCUAUGAGCCAGGUUAUCCCUUUGAGAAUGACUCCAGAGUUGUUCCAGAUAAAUUUGAAGGUGAGAUGAAGCCGGAAGCUGGCAGUGUGUUUCGUGAGGGCGCCCCCUACCAGCGCCGUGGAUCCCUGCAGCUUUGGCAGUUCUUGGUGGCUCUACUAGAUGACCCUGCCAAUAUUCAUUUCAUUGCCUGGACUGGCCGUGGAAUGGAGUUCAAACUCAUUGAGCCGGAGGAGGUUGCUCGGCUGUGGGGGAUGCAGAAGAACCGCCCCGCCAUGAACUAUGACAAGCUGAGCCGCUCUCUGCGCUACUACUAUGAGAAGGGUAUCAUGCAGAAGGUGGCAGGUGAACGCUACGUGUACAAGUUUGUCUGCGAGCCUGAGGCCCUCAUCUCACUGGCCUUCCAAGACAAUCAGCGGCCAAGCCUAAAGGCCGAGUUUGAUCGCUAUGUCAACGAGGAGGACACUGUGCCCCUGUCCCACCUGGAUGAGGUGGUGACCUACCCCCCCAAUCAGGCUGGUGCCAACGUGGGCUCUCAGCCCUACUCCAAAUGCUACAUGUACUAAGCGCCCCCCCCACACACACACCUUGUAUUCCCUCCUAUUCAUCCAUUACCCAUCUUGCACAUGCCCACCUUGUAUAUAUGGCUAUGGUGUUUGUUUGUUUUUAAACUUAAACCUGAUAGGGACUUCAUGGUUUUAAAAUCAGUCUUCUCACUUCUGAAGCCUGACCAAUCCAAAUACAUGGCAGUUGUUAAACGAAUCGCAUAAUAAAGACCUGAUAUUAAUACUA